AUGGAUUUCAUGAAACCGGAAACAGUUCUUGAUUUGAAUAAUAUUCGUCAGGCAUUAGUUCGGAUGGAGGAUACGAUUGUGUUCAACUUGAUUGAAAGAAGUCAAUUUUACCUGUCUCCACUGGUUUAUAAGUCCAACUACGUCAGGAUACCUGAUUUUGAUGGCUCCUUUUUGCAAUGGACCUUAUUACAACAGGAACGUAUUCAUAGUCAAGUUAGAAGAUACGAAGCUCCUGAUGAAGAGCCAUUCAAUCCAACUAAAUUGUUACCUAGUUUAUUACCUCCAGUGAAUUAUCCUAAAAUUCUUGCUAACUACUCUAAGGAAGUCAAUGUUAACGAAGAAAUCUACCAAUUCUAUGUGGAAAACAUUGUACCCAAGAUCAGUUGUAAAGAAGGAGAUCAAUUGGAAAAUUUGGGAUCUGUUGCUGUGAGUGAUAUCGAAUGCUUACAAAGCAUUUCUAGACGGAUUCACUUUGGUAAGUUUGUGGCCGAAGCCAAGUUCCAACUGGAUAAGCAACUCUAUACCAAAUUGAUCAAGGAAAAGGAUAUAGAAAGUAUAGAGAAAAGCAUUACCAACUCUGCAGUUGAACAGAAAAUUUUAGAACGGUUGGUGGAUAAAUCAAGAAGUUAUGGUACCGAUCCUCUGAUGAGAUACAGUCAGAAUCCUCAAAGUAAAGUUGAUCCUGAGAUCAUUGUCAAGCUAUACAAGGAGUUCAUUAUCCCUGUUACCAAGAAAGUAGAAGUUGAGUAUUUAUUAAGAAGAUUGGAGGAUACACAAUAG